AUGCCUUCGGUUUCAUUUGCUUCAGAUACACAAAAUACAAAUCCAGGGGGAAUGGACACUAAUGCACGUAAACCACCAGCCCUAACUGGCUAUCAAGUAGACCGCGAAAAUGAAAGAUCAGGAAAUGUUUCAGAUCAUGCUAACGAAUCAACCCAGUUGCGUGUUCCAGCUUCAAUGCCAACAUUGGCGCGUGGGUUUUCGCUUGUCCCUGAACGUCUGGGCAAAAGAGGGUCCUAUAAACGUCAAGGCAACAAAGGAAUGUUUGGUUGUGAGGCUGCAAUGCAGCUUUUAGCUUACCUCGCUGCACUGUUAACCUUACCAUUUUCCCUAUUUAUGUGUCUCAAAGUGAUUGCACAAUAUGAACGAGCUGUCGUAUUUCGCCUUGGAAGAUUAGUAUCAGAAAUUCCUAAAGGACCCGGUCUUGUAUUCAUUUUACCUUGUUUGGACAAUGUCAAAACAAUAGACUUACGUACAUUCACAUUCAAUGUACCAACUCAAGAGGUUUUAACAAAAGAUUCAGUGACCGUCGCUGUCGAUGCUGUUGUCUACUAUCGCAUAUUCGAUCCAGUGAUGUCAGUUGUCAACGUGGAAGAUGCUAAUCGAUCCACUCGUCUUCUAGCUCAGACUACAUUAAGAAAUGUCCUUGGUACAGUGGAUUUGUACCAACUUCUAACAGCGCGUGAACAAAUUGCUCAUUUAAUGCAAGAUUGUCUAGAUACAGCAACAGAGACAUGGGGAGUAAAGGUUGAGCGUGUUGAUAUAAAAGAUGUUCGUUUACCUAUUCAGUUACAGCGUGCUAUGGCAGCUGAAGCAGAGGCAGCUCGAGAGGCCAAAGCUAAAGUAAUUGCUGCUGAAGGUGAACAACGUGCAUCAGUAGCUUUAAAAGCUGCUGCUAUGGAAAUUGGUGAAUGUCCCAUCGCGCUUCAAUUACGUUAUUUACAAACAUUAAGCAGUAUUUCAGAUGAGAAAAAUUCUACCAUCAUUUUCCCCCUACCUAUUGACCUAUUGAGUUUAUUCCAUCAAAAUUUCAGUGGAAAUAAUGGAAGUUCAACUUCUAGAAAUGAUAGUGUACUAAGUACUAUAGGUAAUGAUGAAAUUAAACGUAUGACAGAACCCCCUCCCCCACCACCAAGAGAAAAUCAAUCACAACUAACCACUUCACGUACAUUUACCACCAGUCAAAAAACUGAAUCUGCUGAAGAAGAUUUAAUUUAA